UACCACCAGAGGAUAAUAAUUUUCAAUUCGUUAGUUGGCGUGCGUUAAAACCGCAAGAACGGUAUUUUCUCUUUUUUCCCUUCUUUAUUUUCUUUGUUAUGAUUUUAUUUCGCGGGUUUUAUUAGAUGAGAUAAAAAGGCUUUCAGUUUUUUAUUAAAUAAACGUCUACAUCUACAAAUUUCCGUCAUUUUUGCAUAAACAAAAUUAAGUAUUAAAUAAUUUGUUUUUCUUUUUGUUCGGUUCUCCGUUGUUUUCGUUUCAUACGUCUGUGAUUGCUUUUGCUAAAUCAUACAGUUCUUUUUUCUUUUCUCUUAACUACCUUACCGACACCAAGCUACGAGCGACAACUACGAAGCAUCAUCCGUUAAGUAUUGGUCGGUUGUAAAAAAGUGAUGAUAACAAAAACGCGGUAGGGUUGCGGGGCGGGUGGUAUAACGACGAGCGACGCGACAAACGGGAGUAGAAAAACGAAACGAAUGCGGAAACAAAGAAAAGGCGUGCAGCAGCUGUAAAUAUUCGUGUGUGUAUGUGUGUGUGAUUUAAUUUGUGGAUUAGGCUGACUAAAAGGGGGGCUUGUCCAUUCAAUUGUUGUACUUUACUUUCCACUUUCGAGAUUGCGUUGUUUAUCUUUUUUGUUACCGGAUAUCCUUCUUUUGUGUUUAUUUGUCACGGUCAUCUGAACAACGACUAACUAUCGUAUAUCGAUAUAGGUAAUUGUAAUCGUAUCGUAAUACCAACCAGCACGUGAAAACAACGUUCAGUGAAACAUGGAAAGUGAUAAUUAUGUUGAAUAUUUGUUGGAUCCAUAUGACAGGAAUUCCGGUGCUGUGGUUAAGGCGCAAAUUGUUCCAGCUCAACCAAAAACAUUACAGCAUCUGCCUAAACGUCCUGCUGUUGAUUUGGGAUUCCAUAAUGUGUCUUAUGCCGUGAAGGAAGGAGGAUCCAGCAAAGUGAAAAAAAUUCUCAAAGAUGUCAGUGGAAGACUACGAUCCGGCGAACUUACCGCCAUUAUGGGACCAUCGGGUGCUGGAAAAAGUACCCUCCUUAAUAUUUUAUCUGGCUACAAAACGAAUGUCACUGAGGGUACAAUAACAAUAAAUGGACGUGAACGUAACCUGAGUACAUUUCGCAAGCUUUCGGCGUACAUCAUGCAAGACAACCAAUUGCAUACGAAUUUAACCGUCCAAGAAGCAAUGACUGUGGCCACGAACUUGAAGCUUAGUAAAAAAUUCAGUAAAGCAGAAAAAAAUGCUGUGAUAGAUGACAUUCUUUUAACACUCAGCUUGAGUGAACAUCGCAACACAUUCACUCGAAAUUUAUCUGGUGGCCAAAAGAAACGUCUCUCUAUUGCCCUCGAAUUGGUCAGUAAUCCACCGAUUAUGUUCUUUGACGAACCUACCUCUGGUCUGGACAGUUCUACAUGUUUCCAAUGCAUUCACUUGCUUAAGAUGUUGGCCGCAGGCGGACGCACAAUCAUAUGCACCAUUCAUCAGCCUUCAGCUCGUCUUUUUGAAAUGUUUGAUCAGCUUUAUACUCUUGCCGAUGGCCAAUGUGUCUAUCAGGGUAGCACAAAACAACUCGUACCAUUCCUGGGAACACUUGGACUCGAUUGUCCAAGCUAUCACAAUCCAGCCAGUUAUGUUAUUGAAGUUGCAUGUGGUGAACAUGGUGAUAAUCAAGGAAGCCUAGUGAAUGCCAUUGACAAUGGUCGACGUGAUAUUCGAACUGCCGCCGAUUUUGCUGGCAUUAAGGCGCGCAACGAUUUGGUGAAAGUGCAUAAUUUGAAGGCAAUGCUCGAUAAGAACGAUGCACAAAAUGCAACCUGCUCUAAGUUUGGUGACAAUCUAGCGCUCAACAAUCAACUGUUAACUGCUAAUUUGGUCAAUGAUUUGGCCAAGGAUUCAGAAACUGUGACUGCAGCACAAACCAAUGAGAAGGGAGAUUUGGUGAUUGAUGUUGAAAAGAAUGACAACGUAAAGACCGCACUUCUUGCCGAGAACACAAUGGCGGAAAUAACGUCACCUGAAAGAUAUCCAACUUCACAGACUCAUCAAUUCUUUGUGGUGCUGAAACGAACUCUACUCUUUAACUAUCGUGAUUGGACUCUUAUGUACCUUCGGCUGUUUGCUCACUUGCUUGUGGGCUUCCUUAUUGGUGCUCUCUACUAUGACAUUGGCAAUGAUGGUGCCAAAGUCUUAAGUAAUUUGGGAUUCCUAUUCUUCAAUAUGCUCUUCUUGAUGUACACUUCAAUGACAAUAACCAUUCUAUCAUUCCCCCUUGAGAUGCCGGUGCUGCUGAAAGAAAAUUUCAAUCGUUGGUACUCUCUAAAAUCGUAUUACUUGGCAAUAACGGUUUCUGACAUACCAUUCCAGGCUGUAUUUUGUAUAAUCUAUGUAUCAUUAGUCUACUACUUCACCUCACAGCCAUGGGAACUCUGGAGAUUUACAAUGUUCCUCUCUGCCUGCCUCUUGAUAUCGUUCGUAGCUCAAAGUGUCGGUUUGGUUGUGGGUGCAGCAAUGAAUGUCCAAAACGGAGUGUUCUUAGCUCCUGUCAUGUCGGUGCCGUUCCUGCUUUUCUCUGGAUUCUUCGUCUCAUUCGAUGCGAUACCUGUGUAUCUUCGAUGGAUGACAUACCUAUCCUACAUCCGUUAUGGUUUCGAAGGAACAGCGCUGGCUACCUAUGGAUACGGUCGGGAGAAACUCAAGUGCCACCAAACCUACUGUCACUUUAAGUCACCAAUUACAACUCUCGAAGAGUUGGACAUGCUCGAUGCCGAUUUCAAGCUCGAUAUUAUUGCCCUAGUUAUUAUUUUCUUUGUAUUGAGAGUUUCAGCAUAUCUGUUCCUCCGAUGGAAGUUGAAGACAGCACGAUAAGAAAAAUGCAACUUCUUAUUUAAAAGUUACUCCUUUUCGUUUGUGUAAUUUUUUUUUAAAUUAAAUUUAGAAUUUAAGAAAUUUUCUGCGCAGAAUUUGGUGCAAAAAAGCUGUACACAAAGACAUACACACAUUUUAAUGUAUAUUUUUUUAAAACAGAAAAAAACUACAUUUAUGAAUUCAAAAUUUGUAUUUAAUAUAUAAGAAUUUAUAUAAAACUAAAUAUUUAUAAAAUUUACUAAAAAAAAAAAAACAAGAAAAAAAUAAACGGCUUAGAUAAACAAAAGUUAUAUAAAUUAAAAUUUACUAAAACCAACAAUAAAUAAAAGGCUGGUUUUGUAUACACGAACAAAAAAUAAAGAAAUUAACAUUAUAACUUAUAUAUGUAUACUUUAUAUAAUAAAUACUUUAUAACUUAUUAAUAAAAAAAAAUGUAAAAUGAUAAAAAUUGAUUUUAAAAAUAAAAGAAUUUUUUGAAUGGUAAAUUUACAAGCCACACACUCUGGAUACACAAAAUGUGUGCACACAAAAUAUGAUAUUUUUUUAAAUGUAAUAAAAUAAGUGUGCAAUAUAAAGAAUAUAUGUAUGUGUCAAAUUCUUUUUAUUUUUAUACAUGUAUAUUGUAAAAUGGAAAAUGUUUUGUAGGUGAAAUAUAAAAAACAAAAACGAAAUACAAA